AUGGGGUUUCAGGCACCUACCAGUUAUACAAACCCCGCGAAUUGGGGCUUUCAGUACUCCUCAUCGACAACGGUGACGAUAUCGGUGGAACUUGGUACUGGAGCCGGUACCCUGGCGUAUUAUCCGACGUCCACUCGUUUAUGUGUCGGUAUUCCUGGGACAGGGAAAAUCUUCUGGAAAAUUUGGCACUUGACACAGCCGGAGGUUCAAACCUCUCUCAGCCAUGUUUUCGGCCGGUAUAGCCUUAGGAAGCCUAUCCAAUUGCGCACAGAUUUUCUUGGCGGAGAUUUUGAUGAGAUUAGGGACGUCUUGACUGCGAAAACCCUCGAACGGGGGGACACACUAAUGGCGCAAUGCUUGAUCGCUGCUCUAGCCGGACGGCCUGGGAACUAUAUACCGGACAUCAAGGGUCUGGAAAUGUUUAAAUGUGGAGUCUAA